GUACGUCACAGCCCUGCGCCCAUGUUGACAUCACGUGACCAAGUGACGUGUGAAGCGAGCGCCGCUCUCUGUAAAAGCGUCGCAUGAAACCCUUUAUUUCUUUGCCGGAGUCGCACGAUAAAUCUGACCAAAUGAAAAAGAAAAACCAAGGUGGUGAUAAAGGAGGGGCAAAGAAGAUGAGUGCAGAGGCUGCAGAUCGCGAGGCAGCGACUUCAAGCCGGCCGUGCACCCCUCCACAAACGUCAUGGUUUGAAUUCUUGUUGGAUGAAUUCCUGUUGGAAAGCCACUUGAUGAAAGCUUCUCCUGAUCCACCUCCCGUUCAACUGAUCAUUCAGUUUUUGGAGCAGGCAUCCAAACCCACUGUGAAUGAGCAGAAUCAGGUCCAGCCUCCAAUUGACAACAAAAGAAAUCGCACUCUCAAACUGCUGGCUUUGAAGGUGGCUGCUUAUUUAAAAUGGGAUCUUGAUAUUCUGGAAAAAAGUUUAUCAGUCCCUGUCCUGAACAUGCUGCUGAAUGAGUUGCUGUGUGUGAGCAAAGUGCCUCCAGGAACAAAGCAUGUGGAUCUGGACCUCGCCAGCCUACCUCCAACCACUACUAUGGCGGUUAUGCUGUAUAACAGAUGGGCCGUCAGGACCAUCGUUCAGAGCAGCUUCCCAGUAAAACCUGUUAAGCAAGGCCCUCUACAGCCUAGUGUAAUGAAUCAAAUUCAACAAGAGAAGGAACUCACUGAAAACAUUUUGAAAGUGCUAAAGGAGCAAUUGGAGGAUUCAAUGACUGUGCUAGAAGGAGGUCUCAAACUUAAAAGAGACUUCUAUAUCCAUACCAUGAGGACCUUGGACUUGUUGGCUUUGGAGCCUGGUGUGGUCAAUGGAGAGACUGAGAAUUCAACAGCUGGCUUAAAAAUCAGUUGUGAGGAAAUGCAGUGCCAGGUUUGCUAUGACCUUGGGACAGGUUAUUUCCAACAAGGACCAACAAACCCUUCAAGUUACGAGAAAGCCAGAGACCAUUUUUUUAAUACUAAGCAACUUCUUUCAAAGAUUGGUAUGGGGUCCCAGCUGUCCAUAGAUGAGAAGAGGUUAGCAGGAUACUGCCAGGCUUGUGGAGUCCUCGCACCUUCAAAGGCAACUGUCCAGCAGUCAACACCCUACAGUCUGAUCCACAGCUACAUGAAAGCCGCUAAUUACCAGGGCGUACUAAAGAUUUUUAUGGAAGAUAACUUGACCGGCACUUUACCGGACCAGUUCAGACAGUCCAUUUUAAGAGAGCUUUUCCAGAAAGUACAACAAGGGAACGAGGCUCUAUCAGAGAUCUGUUUCAAAAUCUGUGCCUGCAACACGGUUCGUGAUACUCUUAAAGAGCGACCUGUCAAUGUUCAGUUUUACCUGCUCUUCAUGAAACCUAGUAAAGAGAAAAUAGACUUCCUUCUCGAGGUAUUUACUAGAACAUUCAAAUUUGAACAAGCCACGGAAUCCGAGAAGAGGGCCGUCGCGUCAUUUUUAAAGAACCUUUGUCUGGGCAUUGAGGAUCUGCAAUUUGUUUUCAUGAUUUCUUCCCAUGAGCUUUUUAUAAAGCUGUUGACCGAUGAUGAGAGAAAGAUGUUGGUGGAACAGAUACGCAAGAGAACCUCACGGGUCAAUCUUUGUACCAAGCCUGUGACCUCCUUCUAUGACGUACCAGCCUCUGGAAGUGUGAACAUUGGUCAGUUGGAACAUCAACUCAUCCUCACCAUGGACCCCUGGAGAGUCCGACAGAUCUUGAUAGAGCUGCAUGGCAUGACGUCUGAUGGCCAGUACUGGACAGUGUCCUGCAAGUGGGAAGUCCCGUCUAUUUAUAGCGGAAUAAUCCUGAAUAUAAAAGAUAAACUGACGCGGGACCUCAUUUAUAUCCUCUUGGCUAAAGGCUUACACUGUAGUGCAAUCAAGGAUUUCCCGCAUGCCAAGCAGUUGCUGUCUGCCUGUCUGGAGCUGGUGACAGAGUUCUCCCCUAAGCUGCGGCAGGUCAUGCUCAAUGAGAUCCUGCUGUUGGACAUUUAUACCCACGAGGCUGGAUCCGGUAACUCUGGAGAGCGCCCUCCUCCGGAACUCAUCAGCCGAGUACGCGGGUACCUAGAAAUGAGGAUUCCUGACAUUCCCCUCCGACAGAUCGUGGCAGAAGAAUGUGUUGCCUUUAUGCUGAACUGGAGAGAAAAUGAAUACCUGACGCUGCAUGUGCCGUCAUCCCUUGUGCAGAAUAAUCCUUACGUAAAGCUGGGACAGCUAUUGGCGGCCACAUGCAAGGAGCUGUCUGGUUCGGAUAGCCGGAGGACAGCUAAAGAACUAUGGGAGGUGGUGGUGCUGAUCUGCACGGUCUCCAACCAGCACAAGAGAGCCACUGAUGGCAGGAUUAGCCUGAUCAAGAACAGAGAUUCCACAAUGGGUAUCAUGUUUCGGAGCGAGCUUAUUUCUUUCAUAAAGAAGUUCCGCGAACCGCUGGUUUUAACCACAUUGAUGUCCCUCUUUGUCAAGCUCCAUAAUCUCCGGGAGGAUAUCGUAAAUGAUAUUACAGCGGAGUACAUUUCCAUCUGGCCAUGCUCCAUACUAAACCUCCAGUCUGUAGACUUUGACGCCGUCUCGGUGACGUUGAAGGAACUGGUAAACCACUCUCUAACGAUUAAUUCAAACAACUACUCGUGGCUCAGUAUCCAGGCAGAUAUAUAUUACGCCGCCAACGAGUAUAGCGCUGCCUUAAACUAUUAUCUUCAGGCUGGGGCUGUCUGCUCGGAUUUCUUUACUAAAGAAGUUCCACUCGAAAUUUACUCGGAUCAGGUGAUAAAAAGGAUGAUAAAAUGUUGCUCAAUGCUGAACUGCCACACGCAAGUAGCGAUACUGUGUCAGUUUCUCCGAGAAGUUGACUACAAAACCGCCUUUAAAGCCUUACAAGAACAGAACAGUCACGAUGGGAUGGAUUCCUAUUAUGAAUACAUCUGGGAUGUCACUAUUUUGGAAUACUUAACACAUCUACACCACAAGAGAGGAGAGACGGAUAAAAGACAGAUUGCGAUAAAGGCUAUUGGGCAACCAGAGCUGAAUUCCAGUAACCCCGAGGAAGUGCUGCAACUCGCCGCACAGAGACGCAAGAAGACGUUUCUCCAGGCGAUGGCGAAGCUCUACUUCUAGCAUCUCCUGUACAGUUUUAUGUUACACAGACACCAAAAAAUAAAAUCCUUCUGUAGCUUUAA